AUGCGGUACCUCGUUUUAUUAAGUUUUUUCAUUUCGUAUUCAAAUGCUGAUUUCACAUGUCCCCAAGGAACAACACAAUUGGGAUCAGAGCAUCGGUGUGUCUACAUUCAUCCCACAGCUGAAUACUACAAUUGGGGUGCAAGGAAAUGUCGAGAUUUUGGGGGAUAUCUGGCCAAAAUGACAAAUUACUUCGAGACCUCGCUAAUCUUCGCACUUGCUGGUCAAUCACUUGAUGUCUCUCCUUACAUUGGUGCCCAGAAAAUGGCGAAUGGAACUUGGCGAUUCGCGGAUGGAACCCCAUUGAACUACUCGAAUUGGGCACCAGGAGAGCCAAAUGCCAGCGAUGAUAAUGUUAUUUGUGCCAUUCUUGACAUCCAAAGCACAAAAUGGAAAGCGGUUGAUUGCGGUGCACCUCGCCCAUUUAUCUGUACUAUUGAAGGGGAUAAAGCUAUGACAAAACAAUCGACAAGCAAUUUCAAUAAUGGAGCCGCUUCGAAUUUGCGUUGUGACUACUCGUACACUUGGAUUGGGUACAUCGGAGACGGUCAGCUCAAUCAUGGCUCGUGGAGUGAUGGAACAGUCGUUGACUAUGUGGCCCCCUACGGAAGCAGAAGCGACGAAGUACCAUGGAAGAUGAUUAACACAAAUUGCUACGCCAACUAUGUUCAAUGGAGUUCUACCGCAUUGACAGGAGUCUCCGCUCGUUACAUCUGCAAACAACCAUCAACGAUGAGGGCAAGACGAGAAGCUGCUGAGAAACUU